AUGGCGGCCCAGAUCCAGUUUGGCACGCAGGCCAAGUCCAACCCGGCGCCCAACCCGGCCCAGGUCCUCGAGGGCGUCAACAUCCUCGGCCCUCUUGACGACAAGACCCGCCAGAUCCUGAACAAGGACGCCGUCGUCUUUCUCGCUGUUCUGCACAGGACCUUCAAUGCCAGGCGCAAGGAGCUUCUCCAGCGCCGCAUGAUCCGGCAAGCCGAGCUCGACAAAGGCAACCUCCCCGACUUCCUGCCCGAGACCAAGCACAUCCGCGAGAACGACGCAUGGAAGGGCGCACCGCCGGCGCCGGGUCUCGUGGACCGCCGCGUUGAGAUUACCGGCCCCACGGACAGGAAGAUGGUUGUCAACGCUCUGAACUCGGACGUGUGGACCUACAUGGCAGACUUUGAGGUGACAGACUCGAGCGCACCGACCUGGGAGAACAUGGUCAACGGCCAAGUGAACCUUCACGAUGCCAUCCGCCGCCAGAUCGACUUCAAGCAGGGCGAGAAGGAAUACAAGCUCCGCACCGACCGCACUCUCCCCACGCUGAUCGCUCGUGCGAGGGGCUGGCACCUGGAGGAGAAGCACUUCACCGUCGACGGCGAGCCCAUCUCCGGUGGCCUGUUCGACUUCGGUCUGUACUUCUUCAACAACGCCCAAGAGCUCGUCAAGCGGGGCACCGGUCCUUACUUCUACUUGCCCAAGAUGGAGAGUCACCUCGAGGCUAGGCUAUGGAACGACGUCUUCAACCUUGCGCAGGACUACAUUGGCAUGCCGAGGGGAACUAUCCGUGGUACCGUCCUGAUCGAGACGAUCAUGGCUGCUUUCGAGAUGGACGAGAUCAUCUACGAGCUCCGUGACCACAGCUCGGGUCUCAACUGCGGUCGCUGGGACUACAUCUUCAGCGUCAUCAAGCGUUUCCGCCAGAACUCCAACUUCGUUCUUCCUGACCGCUCUGCGGUGACCAUGACCGUUCCCUUCAUGGACGCCUACGUCAAGCUUCUCAUCAAGACUUGCCACAGGCGAGGCGUCCAUGCCAUGGGUGGUAUGGCCGCCCAGAUCCCGAUCAAGAACGACCCCAAGGCCAACGAGGCCGCGAUGGCUUCUGUCCGCGCCGACAAGCUGCGCGAGGCCCGCGCCGGCCACGAUGGCACCUGGGUGGCACACCCUGCUCUGGCUGCCAUCGCCUCCGAUGUCUUCAACACGCACAUGCCUACGCCGAACCAGAUGCACGUGCGCCGCGAGGACGUGAACAUCACGGCCAACGACCUGCUCAACAUGAACGUGCCCGGCGACAUUACGGAAGACGGCAUCCGCAAGAACCUCAACAUUGGUCUCGGCUACAUGGAGGGCUGGUUGCGCGGUGUUGGCUGCGUGCCCAUCAACUACCUGAUGGAGGACGCGGCGACGGCCGAGGUGUCGCGCUCGCAACUGUGGCAGUGGUGCCGUCACGGCUCGCCGACCAAGGAGGGCAAGAAGGUCGACAAGGACUACGCACUGCGGCUGCUGCGUGAGCAAGCCAAGGAGCUCGAGGCCAACGCGCCAAAGGGCAACAAGUUUGCGCUGGCGGCGAAGUACUUUGAGAGCCAGGUGACGGGCGAGGACUACGCCGAGUUCUUGACCUCGUUGCUGUAUAACGAGAUCACGCAGGCGGGCAGCCCGACGCCGGCAGCGAAGCUGUAAAAGCGUAGCGGGGUUGGCGGUUGCGGUAAUGUCGAUUUCAUGAUGAGGUUAUCGGGUUUCUUUUGGAGUUUUGUGUGUUGGUUGGGCAGCUAUAUGCUGGCUCGGUUGGUGCCUCUGUGGGCCUUGUGUCUGAUGAUAGUAUGAGCGUGCGUCAAUUGGAUUUUUCAGAUUCUUCGGAUAUGUUUUGGUUUGAAGCGUGUUUGCUGGUAACGUGAUGUGUGGUGAUGAUGUUGUCUGUGGCUACUGCACAUGGGAGUGAUGACAUUAGAUGUACGAUACUCCUGGGUAGGUUGGUAUGUAGGUAAGGAGAACGAAGACAUUCGCC